AUGAGCCUGCAUUUCAGUAAGUCUGUUCCAUUUUCUAAGCUUUUCAAAGACGCUGCUAACUACGAGACUAAGCCGGGACAAAACUUAGGGGACUAUUGUUUUAGAGAAAUGUCUAAAUUAAGGGCACUCAAUAGAGACAUACCUGAUGCUUAUUUAAUUGAUGCGGUAAUUGGUGGUAUCAGGGACGAUAAUAUAUUGAGAACUGUAAGGGCCGCACAACAUGAGGAUGGCAACGCUCUUUAUGCUUAUUUGAAUACCGUGGGCGCCAUGCCUAAUGAAAUAGAAAGUUUAGAUCUAAACAAGGCAAAAUUUAAACCUUCACAUUCGACCAGUUUUAUUCGUGGCAAUUUUGAUAAUAAAGAACUUUCUAGAGCAUCAGGGUCUCGCGUAACGUGUUUAAAUUGUGGUUUUAUAGGUCAUACAUCAGUAAAUUGUAGAGAACCAUGUCUUGAAUGGCAUAAUUGGAAAAGGCUAGGUCACACUAAAGAGAAGUGUCCCUGUCCACGGAAAGAUAUUCAACAGGUCGAGAUAUUAGCCAAGGAUAUGGACCCUAAUAUCUUUUUACAGCACGCUCGAAUUUUUGGCAAAAAAAAAUAA